AAUAAAGCAGUUAUACUGUAUGGUUCACAAAUUAUCAUUAGAACGUAAAUUUAAUGAUAAGCCAGUCAUUCUCCGGAAAAUACCGACUACAGGGACAAAAAAAUUAGUGAUAACGAUGCACCAUAAGCUUUGACGCGCUUUAGGCGGACCCCGCCUAUGGAUAUAUUCGGCCGGUGCAACGGGCCCGGCCUUGGUAUCCACCCGGCCAUUAACCACUCAAAUUCUUCCAUUUCUACUCGAUCAGCCAACCUUCACGCCCAGACCCACCAUCUCCAAGCAACAGAAGCUCAACAACAUCAACAACAACAGCAACAACACCAGCAGCAACAGCACCCUAGUUCAACUAGCACUCUAGCGAGCAAUAACAGUAUGCCAGCUCAGGUUGCGGAAACUGCAACCAGCCAGUCAAGGAUGCAGCUAACGGGAGCUUCAGCACCUGGCAAUGCUGCUUCACCUGAAAGUGGUGUCUCCCCGCUGGCCGACGCUUAUACAAAAAUGACUAGUGAUAUAUUUGCUGAGAAGACACUCAGCGACUAUAUGAACGAGCAUCCCGGCGAACUCGUAAGGACUGGAUCUCCACAUCUGGUGUGCACAGUUCUGCCAACACAUUGGAGGUCCAAUAAGACGCUACCUGUGGCGUUUAAGGUUGUAGCUCUGGGUGAAGUUGGUGACGGCACCGUUGUCACUGUUCGUGCGGGCAACGACGAAAACUGUUGCGCUGAGCUGCGCAACUCAACCGCUCUGAUGAAGAAUUGCGUAGCAAAAUUCAAUGACCUGAGGUUCGUUGGUCGAAGUGGUCGAGGAAAAAGCUUCACACUGACGAUAACAGUGUCGACGUCCCCACCUCAGGUAGCAACUUACGCCAAGGCGAUUAAGGUGACAGUUGACGGGCCUCGUGAGCCCCGAUCCAAGACCAGUGAGUAUCACUGGCAGCAGCAGCCGUUCCACGCUUUCGCUUUCGCAUCGCAACGAGGUGGUCCAUUCUUUGCAUCACCUCUUGUGGAUCCACUCCAGCCACUUCCAAAUCCAUUGCAGCCGCUGCCAAGUUCAUUACAACCGAGAGAUCCGUUGUCAUCCUUUCGACAUGCGAUGCCCGGUAACUGCCAGAACAUGUCUCAGUUUGGCCUGACAGCGAGCAACUCAUGGAGUUACGGCAGUACUGCAGGUUACGCUGGUUACCUACCAGGGCCCCUGUCCUCGUGUGCGGCUCAGACGCCGUUUGCUCCACCUCCACCUCCACCACCAGCGGUACCAUCCGCAUCGUCAACCACCUCAGCCCUAACGACGUUUGCUGGUGAUACGACUGCGAUGAACAACAACCAGACCGCACCUGACUCCACAGCUAAUGGUACAAAUGGCGUUACUGUGGCCGCCCAACCAGCUAGUAACAAUACUAGUAAUGCAAAUACGGCCAGUCAGCAGGAUGCUUUUUCCAGUGUAUCGUCUCUUCCAGACACAACGACACCAGGAGCACAGGGAGAUCCACUAGACCAUCUAAACAGUUUGAUGACGAGCAGUGCUGCCAGUCAAAGGUACCAAGACUACGUAUCGCCUCGUUCUCUUUCAACCGAUUCAAGCACAACGGAAAGUCCCGUGCAUGAACAGGACCAGACGUUCGUAGGACCUGGUGCUGGCGGUCAGAACUGCACCAACAACUAUUUCCCAGCGCCAAGUGUCUUCCCUACCAUCCUUUAUUCUCAGCUUUACAACAAUCAGUUCCAGACCGCUGAAGCCCAGGAACAGCACAGAGCUUUGGCUGACGUCAGCUGUAGUGUCAGAGUACAAGAUGAUGUCAGACCCGACAAUAAUGUCUGGCGGCCGUACUGAGGACGUGGUACCAUUAUG